CUCGUUUGGUUUCAUUAGCUUUCGUAAACAUGGAUUAGUUGUCUUAAUGCAAUAUCUUUAACGAACUUCGUAAGUCUUGUAAGAUAAUAAACAUUCACAGAGUUUUUAAGGGCUAUGUAAAAUAUCCACACACUUCAGGAUCUUUUGAUGGUGGAAGCACCAGUACAACAUCCUUGUAUUUUCAUGUCGUGUAACCACUUUUAAGGCUUUCCCGAAAACCUUAGUGAUAUUCCGUAUACAAAGUGAUGACGGAAAUACUCUUAAGCAUCAUGGAGUACUCCAGCUGGUGUUUAAAGUGGUUCGAAAGGCCUGGUAUCACUCUGAAACCAAAUCCCGUUCGUCAUUACAUUACUACCCCGAACUCCCGAACCAACAAAAUUCUCUUUUGAUUUUAAACUUUUUGGCAACCUAUGUGGCCCUGAUGGACUGACUGAGACUAAAAUUUCAUAAAAAUAUAAGAACCCUGAUUUUCCCUUCACAUAAGCAUGCUCAUAUCCGUGCAAUAUUUUUACCACCAAAACUUAUUUAAGGUUAGUAGGACCUAUUGGCUGCGUAAAAGCCCACAGACAUCAACUGCUGUUGUAAAUCUCCGAACUUAACGGCAAAUGUUGACAUUAAAGGUUAAGUUAUUCUUGUAUAGUUACGGGAUUCGUAAAGUGUUGUUAUCAGCAACAAUUAAAAGGUACGCAAGUUUGGUGGUGCAAUUUAAAGAAUCUUUGCUGAAUCAAAUCGUCUCUGAAAGCGACUUGCUAGUGGUCUGUUAUCAAAACAAAUAGUUGGAAGAAAUAAACAACAGCGAAGAGUGACUCUACCGACCUUCAAUGGUUUUCAUAAUCUUUAAUCCCUGUUAUAUGUAUUCCUGAUGCUUCCGUGGUUUUAUCAUGAUUGCCAUACAUUUGUUCAUAAAAUCCAUUCUUCACAGACCAUGUCUGGUGACUGUUCCGUUUCCUGUCAAUGUGACGAUCCCAUGAAUACCCACCAAGCUGAUGGGGAUGAUUUGAAGACGAUGGAAACGGAAACAAUAGUUGAAGAAUUUGUCAGAUUAAAGCUAAAACAAAGUGCAGGAAUUGUUCAACGCCGGCGAACUUCAACUGAUAUGGAGACACAAGCUCUAAUUGGUCGUCUUAUAGAAAUAUCAAAUGAGUUAGAAGCUCAAUAUGGCGAACGGUUGAAUCAAGAUGCUGAAAUGUGGAUCAAGUCAGCCACCUAUGAAAAGUUUUUACAGAUUGCAAAAGGGGUUUUUUCGGAUGGGAUUAUUAACUGGUCACGAAUUGUGGUGUUGUUCAUGUUCGCUGUCAAAGUGGUAGUCAAUGCAAUUUCAAAAGGAUUUAGUGGUCUUGCUGGUGAUGUCAUAAAAUUUGUUGUUAAAUUUGUUUUUAUUCAUGGUAUAUACAAAUGGGUCGAGAGUCAUGGUGGUUGGGUAAGUUAGCAGUUUUUAUUGAUUGGACUAUUUUUAUUAGUCGAUAACCGAACCUGAAAAAUAAUACUUGUUCUUUUCCAUCUUCAAUUAUUCCAGUUUUUCAUAGCGAUUAAUAUCUGUUGGAGAACAAGGUAGAUAACUUGUACUAGAUUUGUACAUUUGUUCAGUGUAUAUAGUUAGAGUUGUUCGUUGACAGUUAAGUAUAAAGUAUUCCAAAAUUCAAAUCAUAAAUUUAUUAUUAUUUAAACACAUUGGUACAACGAGGCACCAAAUAGAUAUGCGCCAGAUAAAUCAUUCGAUUUGUGUGAUUGCUGGAAUAUUGCUCGGGUGCCCAAACCGAAGCAGGUGGUUUUCUGAAGGGACCACACCUGGAGCCUUCGACCUGUAGGUCUGAUCCACAAGGUAUUGGAGCAUCGUAAGGAGAUGUAGUCCCAUGGUAGCCGGUGACCAACGAUUGGUUCAUAUGGGAUUUGUUCCCUUAGGGUACUGGAGCCCAUGUGCAUCAUUGGUUUGGAAUCAGGGUUUUGCAACUCCCCUAGAUGGACUCUCCGUGUCCAUCGGCCCGGUUAAAGCGCCAGACAUUCGCUUUUCGUCCUCUCAAUUUCUUAAAGAAACGCCCUCGCAGUGGUUGUAUGCACGUGGUCAUGUGAGAACGUUUCGAGAGGGAGAGCGGACUCUCCCCACUCUCGGUCGUACCAGGGUACUUAUAUACAACAGACAAAAACUCUACCCUGAAAAUUGGCUGUGUGAAAAUCAAAGCAACUAACUUUGAAAAGACGUUCAUAAUAUUUUCACGAAUUUUAGCUCUUUAGAAUGUUGUUAUUACUUUUCCUGACAGAAUUGUAGCUGGUACACUCAUGUAAAUAAAAAUUCACAUGUGUUUAAGGUUAGAACCAUAUUGUUAUAUAUGUUGUAUCCAAGUUCUAACUACUGAUCGUAGUCCACUAAUCCAGGAAUACAAUAUUAUGUUUUGGCGUAAUGUCAUAUUAGCGAGAUUCAGUUUGUGUUCGUGAUGAUGUACUGAAUUUAAGUUUCAUACUGAUUGACUGGUAAUAGGAGAAAAUCAAUUAGCUUGUUAGCGGCUUAUUUACCCAUCCGAACUACAAAACAAUCACAUUCUAUUUGAUAUCAUACUUCAAGCUGAUUCUAUAAGUCUCAGAAUCCAUUCCCUAAUUUUAAGAAAACACUCUCAAUUUUCCCCAACACAUUUUCUAAUAACUGAUUUUUAAUCAUUGUACUACUUGCCAUAUAUAUAUAUAUAUAUAUUGAGCAGGAUUAUUCACGAAGUAUGAGAAUGUUCAACUCAACAUUGAAAUUUUUCGUAUUUCAAUGAAAUGUAACAAUGGUUUCAAUGUAUUAAUUAGUUUCCAAUCUUCAUUUGCUCAAAACAACGAAUGGUCUAUAGUAACAAGUAGAAUGUUAAUCCACCAGCUGACUUUAAAAUCCCUUGAGUAAAGGCAGUGUGUCAGCUUUGUAAAGUGGAUUAAACUGAAUCGUUUUUUGACUCGCUUAAGAAAUAAUUCUCCCACAUAAUUUUGUUUAGAACUAUCAGUCUACUUAUAUUUUACUAGUAGUGUGAAAAUACUAGGCUUAAGCUUGGCAAAACAGGCUAUUACUACCUUCUGAGCUGGAUUCUCGAGGAUUUUUGAUCUGACCGUAUGUUGCUAUAAUGUACCACUCUACAUUUUUCUUACUUCUGCUACUCCAUUCAGUCGUUGAAUAUAUAGACAAAAACAUAACUAGUUUUGUUAUUAUAACGUAUAUUAAAUGUAGUGUUUAGAUUUUACCGUUUUGAUGUACAUUUGUCCUUUAAGAAUUUCUAAAAUUAGUUGUAGUCUAAGGUACUUGUUUGCAACACCGACGCCAGCACAACAAGCGAGACUUUUCUAUCCGCAUCUUCCCUGCUAGUGAGAGACUCAAUUUUAUAUAAAAGUUUUCUUGGUAGAGACCCUAGAAAAAUUGAUUUUUAUGUAAUAACAUUAAAUGCUUAUAUACAAAAUAUUGAUGUAAAAUUAACAUUAUAAAAUGUCAUGGACAACUAGAGAAAAUUAGUUUAUAGGUCGCUCACUCUCUAAUAAAUUGAGGCCUAAACGUUGACCAGCAUAUCAUAACAAUUAAUCAAACAAUUCAUUUAUCUAUGACGGGUUUACUUUAUUGAUUACCACUCAAGUUUCGUCUAUUUAAAGAUUAGAAAUACAGUCGUGAGAUUGUUAAUUAUCGUUUAAAUUCUCAAUUAUAUCCAAUUUCUCUGAAGUUAUGUAAAUGUGUACUUAGCGUUGAUAAAAAGAUUCGUUUACCAAAAUAGUUCACUCACUAACCAAAAAACCAACUUCCUGUACAGAACAAUUGAAGAGGAUUAUUUAUUUCAUAGCUCAUCAACCUCAUAUUUCUUACGUAUUAAUUGUUGACAAGUCGUACUCAGUUUGUUACAUUAUGGAGAAAUCUUUUACAUAUCAACAAAUAUUGAUUUUAUUCUUUUUUAUCCAUUCACAUUCAUAAUAGUUUCAUACUCUGUUUAUCAAAAAAGUAGUACCUGAAACAAGUUAUGUGAUAGAACCAGGUAAUCAUUUUCUUUUAAAAUUAUCUGAUUUAAAAGUUAUUUCAUCCUACGUUUUUAUUAUUAAAUAUAUUUUAGGUGGCUGUUUUACGCGAGUAUACCCCACAUUCUAAUUCAAGUGGUCUAUUUGUAUUCGGCCUCACUCUGUUAAUUGUUUGCUUAUUGUUAACAAGAAAGAUUUAAUUAAUUGUUUGUUAUUAUUAUUAUUAUUGUUAUCUAUUUAUCUCUAGUUAUAUAUCGUUUGUUAAAAUUUCACAUGAAAUGGGAACCACACAUAUAUAAAUUCACUUGGAGCGCUUUCAAGAUUAAUAUUGCUUUAUAUCGAUAUAAUGUGUUGGUAUAUCACCAACUACAACCAUUUUUAAGCAAAUAAUAAGAAUGUCUAUGAAGUACUGUUAUUUCAUAUACUCGUUUAUUCCUUUUGUAUUUCCAUAGUCAGGAAAAUUAUUUAAAAUGGAGACAGUCCCCGAAUAAAGAUAAGAGUAUUCUCGCUCCUAGAUACCAUGUGACUAAUGGUGGUAAUUGUAGGUGAACAUAUUUUUUUCUAUAUCCUCUUUCUCUUUUUCUGUACAGUAACCUCGUAUUAAAUGUGCAUUUGAUGAUUAAGUCAGUGAGUGAUUAAAAAACUAGGUGUUCUUUGUUAAUCUAUCAGCUGCUUUCUUCUCACUUUGUUAUACAGAAAGGACAUUGAUGAAGCAUAUCAUGUUUUGAAAUGCAGAUGAAUCUUCCCCAUGUCGACUUCUAUCUAUCUCAUAAUUUGUAAUUCCUGGUUUUUGUUGUUCUUAUAUAUCACUCAAAUAUAUAUAUACUUGUAAAAGAAUAAACAGAUGAUAUUUUCAAAAAAGAUCCUCAACUUUAAGUGCCUUGUUUGCAUACUGUUAGUAACCAGGUAUUUUGUUUAUUGUUACUUGAUAAUAUUGCACGGUAUAUUUAGUCUCUGUUACGUCUUAAUGUUUUACUCUCUGUACGUGUUUCUGUGUGUUCGUUUUUCAUUAUUUAAUCCUUUUUAAUCAGGUCAUCAGUGCUCUGUAUCGCCUGUGCACUUCAACUCUACUUCGUCCCAUCGAUUUUGUUCUGACUGACAAAUUCUCGCUUUGCUGUCUUAACAAAUCGUAACAAAAUAAAUUUUUUCUUUUGUUUAUUAUUUAUUAAACUUUAAAUCAUAUAUGUAGCAUUUUUUCCUUUUUCUUUCUAUUAUGUGUAAAUUUUAAUUAUAUUUUGUCACUGAUUAAUAUCAAAAUUGAGGU